GCUAAAAAAGCCGGACUGUAAAAACACUCCAUCGUUCAGACCUUCAGGCAUUUAAAACAAAAAAAUGAAAUAAAAUAUUUUUUUAAAUGGCGCCGGCCCGUUCGCAGCGCGACACCAACCGCCGUCGUCCGCAAAUCGGAUAGCGCGAAGCUGCUUCUGGGCGACAAGUUAACGGGUAACCGCAGCUAUCUGAAACCAAAGCUAACGCCCGGGCUAGCUCGGGCCAUAUGAUACCGACGCACACGUUGCGCAGACCGGACCGAGACCUCCGCAGAGACCGCGAGAGCCGCACCAGCGACUGUUGACACCCGUUGACAAAAUGGACAAAGACGAGGCGGACCGGCUGGUCGAGAAGGCGAAGCUGUGUUUACGGUCGGGCCGGACGGACCGGGCGCUGCAGCUGCUGUACGAAGCCCAGAACAUUCACCCCAGCACCCGGGCCAGAGUGCUGAUCGACGCCAUCGUGAGGAACGGAGGCGGCACCGCCGCUCCGCAAGCCGACCACGUGCCGCCGCCGGCGGGCUGGCGAGACGGGCACGCCGGGAACGAGGACGCGGGAAACGUCGGGGCCGAAGACAAGAAGAGCUUCACCGAGGAGCAGCGGCAGGGCGUCCUCAGGAUAAAGAAUUGCAAGGACUUUUAUGAAAUCCUCGGCGUUUCCAAAGACGCCUGCGACGAAGAUUUGAAGAAGGCGUACAGGAAGUUGGCCCUCAAGUUUCACCCCGACAAGAACUUUGCUCCCGCAGCCACGGACGCUUUCAAAGCGAUCGGCAACGCGUACGCGGUGCUGAGCAACCCGGAGAAGAGGCAGCAGUACGAUCAAUACGGAGAUCAAUCGGCAGCGUCGAGCCCACCCCAGCCCUCCAGCCACAGUCGCCAUGGAUACUAUCGAAGCUUCAACAGGGACUUUGAGGCCGACAUUUCCCCCGAGGAACUCUUCAAUAUCUUCUUCGGAGGAAGAUUUCCAACAGGAAACAUCCACGUGUACACCAACCAGGGCGCCUCCUACUCCCAGUUCUACCAGCCGCGCCGCCGACGCGCUUUUGAGCGGCGCGAGGUGGUGGAGGACGACGACGACGACGACAACGACAACAACAACCAGAACAACCAGAGUGAGAACACCUUCACAGCGCUGCUGCAGCUUCUCCCCGUGCUGGUGCUUAUCCUCAUAUCAGUGUUUACUCAGAUGAUGGCGACUAACCCGGCCUUCAGUCUCUUCUAUAAGCCGGCCAUCGGGCUGGUGGUGUCCAGGGAGACGCAGCACAUGGGCACGCCGUACUACGUGGACACGAGUUUUGAGAAGGAGUACCGCGGAGCGGCGCUGGACGAGCUGGAGAAAACGAUCGAGAGCGACUUCAUCGAACAUCUGCAGAACAGCUGCUGGAAGGAGAAGCAGCAAAAAUCCGACUUGGCCAACCUCGGCCAGCUGUACCGCGACGAGCGCUUGAAGCAGAAGGCGGAGUCAAUACGGCUGGACAACUGUGACAAGCUGCACCGAUUGGUCGGCCGCCAGAGAGGCAAAUGAGGACCGUUUUUUUGUUGUUUUUUUCCAAGAGGAACACGUUUUCUUUACAGACUUUAACAGCAAUGCAUUUUUAUUAGAAAUGUGUUAAUUUAUCCAAUCUGGCCACUUUGUAAAAAAAAAAAAAAAAAUCUCUCUUUGGGGUACAGCGCGGAGAUGACGCCACUGGAGACGAUGUGCCUCCUCUCCUCUCUCGAUGGCAGAACGCGAUGGUUGCGAAAGAAACUCACUGUUGCAGUGUGUGCACGAUGUCUCGGAGCCUUUAAACUUUCUUAUAGAAAUGGCGUGACAUAAAGGAGGGGGGGGGGGGGGGAGUCGGUAGUGUGUUCACUUAAACAUGUUUUGUAGCUAACCUGUAUUUAUUUAUUUUUCAUUCAUGUUUUUGUGUCCUUGCUGAAAUCGUAGGCGUUGUUGUAGGCUCAUCUUUUCUUUCCUGUAGGAAAUACUCAAAUAAAGCGACUAAUAUCGUAGUCUUUAGACAAAUCCGAAAGCGUCCGUCAGAGGAGCUUUAAUUUAUUAUUACAACAUUGACGAAUGAGAUUUAAUCAGGCGGUUUGUCCUCCGGGGCGAAAACAAUAGGAGGCGCAUGACAGUGAACAUUUAACAAAUCUCGACGACAUGUUUUCCGUAGAGCUUCCUGCUGCUCUCUCCGAGGGGUUUUAUUACGUCGGUCAUUAAGCUUCCCUUCAGGAAGUCGUUUGGUACUUUAGCUGCAGGCGUCGAGGUUUAAAGGGUCAUGAAUGACUGCUGCGUGCUGCAAAAACAAAGUUUUUGAAGCAGACGAACGACCGAGCCCGAUCACAAUGUCCUGGCGGAGAGGAGAAACCAUACGGUUGCUCCCAUUAUUUAUUUAUUUUCGGAUUAGAAUACUAUUCGGCCCGUUUUCUGAAUGUUUUAUACAUUCUGGACCUUUUUUAAUUUUUUUUUAUUUAUACCGAUGUUUUUUGCAAAGAAGAAUAAUUUAGUUCCCGUCCCAUCUCCAACAGCACGAGUACGACGUCGUGAAGGCGUCGACUUUAACUCUUUAGGAUUGGAACCCCGUCCAGACUCUGAUGUUUGUUUCCGUGCACCAAGUCUGACAAACUGCCUUCGCUCACACAAUAUUCAGGUUCAUCUCCAGCACUUUUCUUUAAAGUUGAUGUUCAAUCCUGCGUUCCCUAUUGUUACCGUUGCAUGCAUGCAUUACUAGUGAGAGAGUGUUUCAAUUAGUUACGUAUUUAUUUUUCUCAGCAACCACAUCGUCAUGACUACUGGCACGGUAAAUCUUAAUUGAGAGCAUUCAGGUCAUCACUGGAACUCCGAACGUGUAAAACCUUUGACUGUUCUACGCAAAACUCGGGGUUUUGGUGUCGGUCGGGGGAGG